AUGACCAAAGUUGUUCAUAUCGUUAUUGUAAAAUUCAAGCCUGAAGUAACUGAAGAGGUUAAACAGCAAGCGAUUCGUGAUGUAAUUGCUUUGAAGGAAGUCAUUCCCGAGAUCAUCAAUUGUUCUGCUGGAACCACCUACACUGAUCGUAGCAAAGGUUAUGAGCACGGCUGGGUUGUUGAACUGGAAAAGGAAGAGCACUUGCCUCUGUACGCCGAGCAUCCCAGUCAUUUAGACUUUGUUAAACAAUACAAGCCCUUGUUCGCUGAUUUAAUUGCUUUGGAUUAUGUUUAUUAAAACAUAAAUAAAGAUUAAUAAUAAUGUUCAAAA